UCCUUGUUUUCACUUGGACAUAUUAAGUUCAAUGGGCGUGUUUCUUAUUUACUCUUUGGAGUAAAUAAGUUCUUUUAUGUAUAAUUUCUUUAGUACUCGGUGUGAAUUUUAAAUCUAUUAAACUUGCUGGGAUAAAAGUGGAUGUAGAGGUGUGACAUGUGCGGGAUGUAAAGAAAACGGUACCCAUUCACAGUUUACAAAAGAAACGGUCGCGGAACGCGUUAUUUUUUUCUCUUCGUUCUCAUCUUUAAGACUUCAUUCAAGGUGUUAUAAUAACACAAUGUAGUGCACUUUAAAUUAGAUACACACAUCUACAAUUUGAUACAAUGGCAGCUAGUCCAUCUGAUAUUGAGGAGUUCCUUCAGGGGCCCCUCGUUACUUGGUUGGGGACGUGUAUUAAAAAACCAGAACAACUUCAAGUGUAUGAAACGUUUUUCGAUGGGGGCCCUAUUAGUGAAGUUUUGUUACAAAUUGAUCCUGAACCAACUCUUCCUGUACCUACAGCUAGUAAUCUACAAGGAUUAAGUGUUAUGGUGGCUAGAAUAAAAAUUUUUCAUUGUAUUAUUAAAAACAUUAAGAAUAUUUACGAGGAGGAACUUGGGCAGUUUAUAGUAGCCUUACCGGAUUGUGUUGCAAUUGGGAAGACUCCGGCUUCUUUACAAGCUUUGGAACAUUUACGAUUGCUUUUACUGUUAUUACUUGGCUGUGCCGUACAGGGACCAACUAAAGAAGUUUUUAUAACCAAAAUUAAAGAGUUAUCACUUGAGGCGCAACAUGAUAUUGUUGAAUGUAUUAAACAGGUCACUGAUGAUCAAAAUGUGGUUUUAACUCAUGAUUUUACUGAACAAACCACAGAUAAACUUUAUAAUCAUUUGCGCAGUUUAGCUUUAGAGCGAGAUACUUUAUUCCAUAACUGGAUUGUAGACUUAGAUCAAGAACCAGCUGUUAAUGGGGCCCCCCCAAACGUUGAAGGGAUCCAAUCUAAUCAUUUAGCAGUUGAAUUAGCCGAUUGGAAGGCGAGAUUGCGGAAAUUAAGACAAGAACUUGAUGAAAAAACCGAAUUAUUAACAGAAUGUCGUGAAGAAUUAGAACACACAAAUCAAGUUGUUACAAAAUUAAAAACAGAAAAUGGGGAUUUAAUUUUAGAAGCUCGCAAAGCGAAAUUGUAUCGAGACGAAGUAGACGCAAUGCGUGAAAAGGCUGAAAGAGCAGAUAAACUUGAAUUUGAAGUGCAAAGAUAUCGAGAAAAGCUCGCAGACGCUGAAUUUUAUAAGGUUAGAGUGGAUGAAUUGAGAGAGGACAAUCGGGUGUUAUUGGAAACACGAGAAAUGCUUGAAGGUCAAUUGAUAAGAGCCAGACAACGUACAGAUCGUAUUUUAGAACUAGAAGCCGAGUUAUUAGCUGCUAAACAAAGCAUAAACGACGUUGCGGUCGAAAGAGACGCAGCAAAAGAGCGCAUACAAGAAUUAAUGGACGAAAAUUUACAAUUACAACAAGUAACUAAAGACGCCUUACACGAAACAAGCCUAAAAGUCGAAUUAGAAGAAAACGACGACUUAAACUGCACAGAUAACAGCUUAUCAGAACAAUUAACGAAUAACGCACAAACAAGAGCCUUAAAAUUAGAAUUAGAAAAUCGCAAGUUACUCUCAACCAUCGAAUCGUUAAAAGAACAAACCUUCCAUGAGAAUUCAAAAAAAAUUUUAGAUCUAGAAAAAGAAAAGAAAAAAUUAACCCUAAAAGUCGAACAAUUACAAGAAAAUUGCGAACGCUUCACCCAACAACAAAUUGAACUGGAGAAUUUAUUUAAAAAUGCUUUACAAGAAAGUCGAAAAUUACAGGAUUCUUUGGAUACGGCUAAGAUUCUUUCAGAUAGGCAACAACAAGAGUUGCAAAAUGAAAGGACUAAAAUCGCCGAAUUUGAAAGAAACGUCGAAAAUUUAACGAAAGAAAAACAAAGGGUUCAGAGUUUGUGUGAUACGGUGAAAAGAAGAGCUGAUGAUGCUGAAAAAUCGUUUAAUACGGCUACUGAAAAAAUUGAUUUGUUACAAAUUGAAGCUGAUAAAGUCAAAAAUUUAGAUAAAAAUUGCGAAGAUUUAAGGAAUAAGGUAAAUUCUUUGGAAAAAGAAAAUGGGAAUAUGCACGAAAAUGUUUUAAGAUUAAAAGAAAUAAUUGAGAAAAAGGAUGUAAAUUUAGAUCAAUACUCCGAAUCGUGUGAAAAAUUCGAAAAAGAAAUUCAAAAAUUAAUCAAAGAAAAAGAUGCAGUAAACUGCCAAAUCGAAAAGCUUCAAGAAUACGAAAAAAAAUCCCAAGAAUUAUUAUCGCAAGCCACAGUUUAUACGGAAACCAUAUCGACCCUUCAAAGAGAUUUAAUUUCGGAGAAAAUCAACAACGAAAAAUUAAAAAUCGGCGUUGAAAAGCUGGGUUUAAAUUUAGACGUUUUAGAGAACGAUAUGAAUGUAAUCGUUGAAAAAAUCCUCCAAAACCCCGAUUUCGUAAACAUCUUAAAACGUAAUUUUAAGUAUUCUGAUCACAAUGAAAUUGUUUGCAAAAAAUGUACUUCUCCGAUGACUUCUUUAGAUGACACUAACUUAUCAAAAGAAACCGAUUUAUUAUCACAAACUGAACAGGUCGUUUCGUCAAUUAGUGCCGAAUGGAAUAAACAAUGCGAAAAAUUGUGUUCAGAAUUAACCGGGGUACAACAACUCAAUAAACAAUUACAAACGGAAAACGCAAAAAUGUUGGUUAAUAUAACAACUUUAACGUCACAAGUUAAUACUUUAACCGCACAACAAACUGCUUUACAAUUAGCUAAUAGCCAAUUGGUGGCCGAAAAAGAUGAAUUGGCUGAACAACAAAAAACGCAAAAUAAAGAACAUGAUACCUUGUUAUUGGAUCAAGUAACAAUCCGAACAUUACACGAACAACUCACCGGCGAAUACGAGCAGUUAAAAAAAGAAUUAGAAUCGGUGAGAAAAUUAAAUCGCGAUUUAAGAUCAGAAAUAAGAGUGUUAAAAGAUUCCAACGUGUCUUUCGAAAAGAAAUUGGGUAAUUUAGAGCAAGAAAAAGAUGCGUUGAAGAAUGAAUCGAAAACGUUGGGAAAUUUAAGAGCUGAACAUUCAAAAUUAAAGGAUGAUUUUAGAAAUUUAUUCACAGCUAAUGAACGCUUAAAAUCGGAAUAUCGCGGUUUACAAGAUGAAUAUAGAAAUUUAAAAGCAGAAAUGGGAAGAUUAAGACUUGGAAAUACUGAAAUGCAAGGUGAAUUGAGUACUAGAUCUGAUAUGGCUGCAGGGUUACAAUUAGAAAAUGCUAAAUUGCAACAAAAAUGUGAUAUGUUAUUUGAAAUGAAUCACACUUUAGACGCUGAUAGAAGGGCUUUAAUGGAUCACGUCUCGCAACUUUUAUCGCAAUAUCAUUCAUUGUUAACACAUUCUUUGGAAGAUAAACAACAAUAUCAUAUGGAAGAGAAAUUAUUUACGGAUAAAUUAAAUAAUUUAUGUAGACAGAAAGAGAAAUUGGAAGAAAAAAUCAUGGAACAUUAUCGAAAACUUGAUAACGCAUCAGCUAAAAAGAAAGGAUUUGGGGCAACUUUAGUUCGUAGAGUUCGUAAAGCAAGUUCUGAUAUAAUCAAUAAAACGACUAGAAAUCGGCGUUCUUGGCACGAAGAUGGUCGUUUAAACCAAUCCCAAUUCACAGUUGGUGCUGGAUCCGGAGAAUCUGCUGGAAACGACUCAGACAAUAGCAUCGAAGAUUCUGCCCAACGUGGUGAAACUUUAAAACGGUCUACAGGAAGUUUGCACGGUCAUAAACCAAGAGAUGAAAUCGCCCUUCGAAGAGGAUCUCAUCGAGAUGUUACUUCCCAUAGAAAUAGUGUAACUGGUGAUCAAUUAUAUCCAUCUAAAGAACCGUCACCAACAGUUGGUAGCGCUUUAAGUUUGGGUUCGGUGGGUACUCGAAGAACCGUGUACUUAUCCGAAGACGAACCCCCGGCAGCUUCAACCCCGCAACCACCUCAACAACCACCCGCCACUCAAAAUCCUUCAAGCAGCGGACCUUUAUUAGUUUUCAACAAAAUUUCUACAGUGUAUAAUGAAACUCAAAGACAAGCCCCAAGUGUUCCUUCAAAUGAAAGUGCUCCAUCUACGGUUUCAAAAGAACGCGGGGAAGUUAAUGUGGGCGAUAAACGAAAAACGGAAACGGCGAAAGAAAGUGCGAUUUGGUACGAAUACGGGUGCGUGUAAAAAAAAAACCGAUUUUUUUUUUAUGAUUUUUUAUUCUUGCCUUUUAUAAGUUUUAAAUUUUAUUUUCCUUUUUGUUUAAUAAGUAUUAAGCACAAAAAUUAGGAAUUAGAGAAGGAUAUUAAAAUGUUUCAAAGAAUCUAGAGGAGAUUAAAAAGUUUUAGAGGAAAAUAAAGAUGUUUACAGGAAAUUAAA